UGGCUGGCCCACAAGUCCACGACGAAUCUAGGCCCUGUCUCUGCUGUGCCUUUGAACAAUGAUCAAACGGUACCAUUCAUCAAUUCUUGCCUCGAUGAUUGGUCUUUAAUCAGACGGCCCUGGCGAAUAGUAGUACGCGUCCGAGGCUUCGAGGUUCGGCCGCACUCCUGGUCGGAGACCCACUCAACCACCCUUCAACACAUUAUGCGGCUGGCCAAUGACCGUACAGAAGUGCCCUUUUCAACCUCACCUCAUCCAAGGCGCUACUCGGACACAUGCCAUCCAUAGGCUCUCGUCGCUUCCAGUCCUGUGAACAUCUCUUGGGGUUCCAUGUCCUCCUCAUCCCCAUUGUCUCACCAUCCUCGGGGCGCCAUCACACUUAUCAUUCAAAUCCCGUCUCUCUGGGUCCUGCGAUUUCCCAAUCAGCAUGGGAGACUUAUACGUCGAGCUCGAUCCCCAGACGGGUGUCAAGGACCGUCGACCGCGUGUGGAAGGCAUCCACAGCAUCAUGUCCAUACCAGGGACUCACUCAGGGGCAAGUGCCCGCCCCUAAAGGCGCAGGUUUGGCGGCUUCUUCCUUGGCCGGGAAAAGGGGGGGGGGGGGUAUCCUGGCGACGGCAACGAGGAGUCGACGACACCCUCAAAGACGGAGCCGUAGGCCAGUGUGCGCGACCAUCGGCAGCAGCACGCGCCUGUUUCACUUGUUCUGUGCUGACGCUGGAAACUUGAUAUAUGACGGUCAUCUGUUUCUCUCCAUGGCCCUUUGAGACAUGCACCGCGCGUCCAUUUGUGCGUGCAUGUACCUGUAUAGACCAUGAGCAGACGCGUGCAGUCAUGUGGUAUCAAAAGCUGUCCUCGGCUCGACACGCCUCAAAGACCGUGGUAAUUUC